GUAGCCAGUGAGUGCACCAAUCACCGAUCAUCACCAAUCGCAAUUCGCAUGUUUUUGUUUUGCGGAUUUUUGUGAAACGCAAAGCUCGUGUUGUGACAAACCAAAACUCCAAUAAAAGACAUUGCCUGUGGCCCCCUCUCAGUUUUUGGUCGGUUUUUCCAAAGAGAAUCGUUUUAUUUCAAUUCCCAGAAUCUACUCUUGCACUCUCUAAAUCCUCUCUUUGUGGCUAAAAACAAUCCUCAGGAUUUCCUUUUUCUUUAAUUUUCUCUCUCUCUCUAAAACCCUCUUCAUUUUCUUUCAGCCACAAUAUCAAACACCUUACGAUCACUUCUUCUGCUCUUUCUUCUCUGUCCAAGCUGUACUUUUUAUCCAAUUGUUUAUAUUAAUACCCAUUUGUUUUUUUCACAUGAUAAACCAUCACAAUGGAUUGAUUAGCAAUCUCUAAUUAUUCUUUUUUUAAUUUAAUUACUCUCACCAUGCAUCACCCUUCAACUGUAACCCAAGAAUCGAGUCCAAGUUUUGAUUUUGUCGGCCAAUUGGGUCGUUUUGCGUUUAACACAGCUUUUCAAAGCAUAAAUUCAAAUGGGUACUCUUCUCUUAGGUCGAAUUAUUUAUUUUUUGAGUGUCCAGUUGCGCAAACAAAGCGUAAAGUUGCUAACUUUGCUUCAUUGAGUUUGGGUAGUGGAGGCAGUUCAAGUGUUAGAAAGAUUUGGAGUGAGUUUAAUAAGUUCAUAAGAAUUCACUGUGAUAGAAUUCCAAUUGGGUUUGCUUCUGUUCAGGUUGGCUCUGGUAAUAGUAAUGGUGAUAAUUAUAAUGGUGAUCAUAGUAAUGGGUUAAGAGACGAGAAUUGUGAUGUUUUGGUGGAUGGGGACUUGCCUUUGAAUGGUAAAGAGGCAGAGAGCCCUAGAAAAGUUCUAAUUCUAAUGAGUGAUACUGGUGGUGGCCACAGAGCCUCUGCAGAGGCUAUUAAGUCAGCUUUUAAUGAGGAAUUUGGGGAUGAUUAUCAGGUGUUUAUUACUGAUUUAUGGUCGGAGCAUACACCUUGGCCGUUUAAUCAAUUGCCCAGAAGUUACAAUUUCUUGGUGAAACAUGGGCCAUUGUGGAAAAUGACAUAUUAUGGGACAGCACCUCGUCUGAUUCAUCAAUCUAAUUUCGCUGCCACUUCCACAUUUAUCGCUCGGGAGGUUGCCAAAGGACUGAUGAAAUACCAGCCUGAUGUUAUUAUCAGUGUACACCCACUUAUGCAACAUGUUCCUCUUCGUAUACUGAGGGCAAAGGGUCUUUUGCAGAAGAUAGCAUUUACAACAGUAGUCACGGAUUUAAGCACUUGCCAUCCUACAUGGUUUCAUAAGCUUGUCACAAGGUGUUAUUGCCCAACAACGGAUGUAGCAAAGAGAGCGUUGAAAGCUGGGCUUCAACCUGCCCAAACUAAGGUUUAUGGCCUUCCUGUCCGGCCGUCCUUUGUUAAGCCCGUCCGGCCAAAGGGUGAACUAAGGAAAGAACUAGGAAUGGAUGAGGAUCUUCCAGCUGUGUUAUUAAUGGGAGGAGGGGAAGGGAUGGGUCCCAUUGAGGCAACUGCGAGAGCUCUUGGGGAGUCAUUAUAUGAUGAGAAUCUUGGUGAGCCAAUAGGUCAGAUCCUGGUGAUAUGUGGUCGUAACAAAAAGUUGGCCAGCAAAAUGCGUUCGAUUAAUUGGAAGAUUCCUGUUCAGGUGAAAGGGUUUGUCACUAAGAUGGAGGAAUGCAUGGGUGCCUGUGACUGUAUCAUAACGAAGGCUGGCCCAGGGACAAUUGCAGAAGCAAUGAUACGAGGGCUUCCUAUAAUCUUGAAUGGUUACAUUGCUGGGCAAGAAGUAGGGAAUGUGCCUUACGUGGUGGAAAACAAAUGUGGGAAAUUCUCAAAGUCGCCAAAAGAAAUUGCAAACAUAGUUGGGGAGUGGUUUGGUCCAAAGGCAGAUGAGCUUAAAGCCAUGUCUCAAAAUGCACUGAAGCUAGCAAGACCAGAUGCUGUUUUCAAGAUUGUUCAUGAUCUUGACGAGCUUGUUAGACAGAGAAAUUACUUGCCGCAGUAUUCCUGUGCCGCUUAACAUUUUUGCCCACCUAUCAAUUUUGGUGCGAGUCCAGUCCAGUCCUAUUACAACAGAUGUAUAGUGGACUAAUUAGUUGUAAACCUCUUAAACACUAUUGAUUGAUUGUAGUUUUUGUUUAGAAAAAUUGGUCGGUUGCAUUGGGACGAACUUACUAUUUGUCAUCUCUAUGUUUUCCUCCUAUGUAUUUUUAUUUUUUUUGAGGGAUCGCUCUAUGUAUAAUCAUGCCAGUGAGGUGCAAUUUUAUUGUAUUUGUUUCUGUA